CUCGCUGCAGCAAGAACUGGCGUCUGCGGCUGUUGCUUCGCCAGUGGCACUGCCAGCUCCGAGCCCCUUUCUCUCGUUCCCCCAGGUGCGAAUGCCGGUCCCGGAAACCCAGGCGGUCCCUUCAGCAAGCCCCAUGAUGCUGGCACAGAGCCCCAUGAUCUCCAUCGAUUCACACGACUCUGCGCCACAAGAUCGCCGGUCCAUCCCAGCUCAGCGCCAUGCCAGCCUCUUACCAGGCCAGGGCGGGCUCAGCGUCGAAUUCCCAGGAUUGGACCGCAAGCGCUCCAUGACCCUGCCGACCAUCCAUGUUGACAUGUCGCGCCAACACUCAGAGGUAGACAGGACCUCCAUUCAAGACGUGCCCCGUCUGCUUCAGGUCAAGGCCGACAACGGCGAUGCCGAGGCUGCUCUCGAGGUGGCCCAGAUCAUCGCUACCGACAUGCCUGUCGACAGCCCUCGCUGGGACCAAGCCGCCAGGUACUUCCAAAAGAGCGCCGACGCUCUCAACAUCGAGGCAUGCUUUGAAGUUGCCUGGCUGCACUUUGUAGGCCUUGGGCUCCACAAGAGCGACCUCGACGGCUUCAAUUACUGGAAGGAGGUUGUCCGCCGAUCCGCCGAUCCAGCCUUGCGUCAUAUGUCGCUGUACAUGCUGGGCUGGUGCUCCUUUCUUGGCCGUGGUGCACCCUCCAACCGAGCGGUGGCCACGGAGUGCUUCCGGAGCAGUGCUCAGGACGGAUUCGUCCUCGGCGAGCAGGCCCUUGACUUUAUGUGGAACCAAGACGUUGACAAGAUGCAAACUACCUCAGCUGUCGCCAAGCGCUUUUUCGAGCGGUGUGCUCUGCUGUCGCCAAGAGAUCCGCUUCUUGCCCAUCUGACGGCGGCAUGCUUGCUCUAUGGAUUUGGCACUGCCAGGGACCAAAGUCAUGCCCUCCAGAUCCUUGAACAGCAGUCGGACCAGGGUUUCCACCCCAGCCAGGCGCUUCUCGGAUGCUGCUACUUUUACGGCUUUGGAGUCAACCGAGACCACCGCACCGCGGCACACUGGUUUGCCCGUGCUGCCGAGCAUGACAAUCCGUACGCUCAGGUGAACUUGGCUCUGUGUUACGAAAAGGCCUACGGCGUCCCCCAGAACUUCUCGCAGUCCACCGUCCUCUACAAGCAGGCUGCCGUCCAAGGGAGCGCCGAGGGCCAGCGCAACCUCGGUCACUCGUAUUUCUACGGCCGCGGCACUGCUAGAGACCACGCCAAGGCAGUCGAGUGGUACCGGCGUUCGGCCGACCAAGGCAACGUGGAAGCCUGCGAUGACCUCGGCCAGUGCUUCAAGAACGGCCUCGGGGUGCAGCAAAACUACGCCAAAGCCAUCGAACUGUUCAGCAAGGCCGCCAAGGGCGGAAAUGUGGCUUCGCUCUAUCACAUCGGGCUCUGCUACUACUAUGGCCACGGCGUUGGUCAAAGCUACGAGCUGGCGGCUCAGUUCUUGCAGAACGCCGCCGAAAAGGGCGACAACAAUGCCCAGAACAGCCUGGCGAUUUGCUAUACCAACGGCCGCGGCAUUCCAGUCGACUUGGUCAAGGCCGUCGAGUGGUUCCGCAAGGCGGCCGAGGGCGGCAAUCCCGAUGCCAUGCUCUGGAUGGGCAUCAACUAUUCCCGCGGACACGGCGUCAUGCAGGACAACAACGAAGCCAAACGGUGGCUCCUCCGUGCCGCCGACAAGGGCAACGCCAAGGCUCGUGAACUCUACAGCGAUUUGAUCCAGAAGGAGAUCAUGGCGAGCGACGGCCGAGGUGCUCGGCAGAACCCACCCCGAGCAGCCCAGCAUAACAAUAACAGGGUCGCCCAAGGCAGCGGUGGCAGGAACGAGGGCAAUCCUUUUGCACGACAACCCACUGUCAGCGAGACCCUGCCUCGCCUCCAUCCUUAACACCACCUAGCGCCCAACCCGAUGAUGGGUCCGUGCAUGUAU